CCACUUUUCGCAUUUCCUUCUCUCAACCCUUCUCUUCAACUUGCAUUUGAUGUUGUAGGAAAACUUAUAUUUGGGACCUACUCCUGUAUCGCGUUCAUUGUCCUCCUUAAUAUGCUCAUCGCAAUGAUGAACAAUUCGUAUCAACAAAUUUGGGAGCAAGCAGAUACAGAAUGGAAGUUUGCCCGCUCAAAGCUGUGGAUCAGCUACUUUGCCGAGGGCUCAGCUCUCGCAGUGCCCUUCAAUCUCCUUCCAGGUCGAAACACCUUUAAAUGGCUCUUCAAGUGUUGCCGUCUUCCAUGCAAACGGGAGACAGAUGAGAAAUCCGACUUGGAAUGGGACUCAAUUAAGGAGAAGGUGCAAAAGUUGAACAAGAAGGAGCAGCGUCACGCGGCUGUAAUGCAUGAGCUGGUGAAUCGUUACCUUAUGCAUCGACAGAUGCAUGUGGACAAUCAAGGGGUUACAGAAGACGAUCUCAACGAGAUCAAAGGCGACAUCAGCGCUUUCCGUUACGAACUAUUGGAUAUUCUGCGCGACAAUGGAAUGAAGGUCAAUUCCGAUGACCACUUUAGAAAAGGCGGUCGGCUGCGACGAAGAGCGAGUCGUAGAGUGAAAAACCCCUCAUGGAAAGUUACUAAUGUAAAUUUGGACGAAUUAGAAACGGCGCAGACAGCGGAAAAUCUCCAGAAUGUCAACCGCUGCAAUCUACCUAACCCGAACCCUGAAAACCCAACUCCACCAGCGAAACUGGAAGAAAUUAAGAAGUCAUCAUCACUCACAGAGCAACCUUCCACCGGUCCUUCUUACUCGAACCCUGCAUUUGUUCCCGAAAUAGAAGUAAGCACAGCAGAAGACACGGCUCCCCUUCACACUGAGGACACUUUGGAGACGUCAAAUGAGGAUUUACUAACACAAGAGAGCACCAAGCCACAGAAGCAUGAUGAGUGUGCAGCUAAGGAGGGCAGUUCGGCUUCAGCAUUUGUUAAUAGGGAGAUCUCUGAAUUCACCGGUGCAGAGGAACCACGCAGAACAGAUUUUGUCUAG